GCUGCUGAGCGAGAGAAAUGUGAGCCGGCUGCACCACUGCAGCGGCACUGCGGGCGCCGGGAGCGCGCAGGGAGCGCGGCCGCGCCGCCGGCAGCGCUGAGCCCCGCGGGACGGCGGGGAGGGAACCGGCACCGCGCGGAGCCGCCUUCCUGCACCUGCCGAACGCAGCCGAGCCCCCCCCUCAGCCCGGCGGCCGCUUGCAUCAGCCCUCGGCGGGGGGCACGGCGCGGCGGCCGGGGGGGCGGCGGGGCCGAGGACGGGGGCUGCCCGGCUGCGGGGCUCUGCGGUGCCCCCCGGGCCUUUGUCCGAAGGAUCGCCUCCCUCACCAACCCCGGGAGCGGGGAAGCGGCCGGAGACUGCGGCGGGGCCGUGGGAAGCGGGGGGAGGCUGCGCGGAGCCGGCAGCAUCCCCGCGGAGCCGGAGCCGGAGCCGCAUCCCCGCGCCUUUCAGAUAACCUUUAGCCGCACCGAGCGGGGCCGGAACGCGUCGCAUGGCCGCACCGGGACCCCGCGUCCGGAGCACCGUCCGCAGAGCCGCAGCCCCGCAGUGAGCGCAGAGCCGAGCUGGAAACAGAGGCACCGACUGCAGCGAGAAGGCGCUUGGCAGCCCCGGCCCCGGGCAGGAUGAGCCCCACACCUCGUGGGAGCCCACGGUGACAGCGAGUGGGAGAGCCGGGAAGUCAGCGCCGAGGAAUCUGCACCAACGCCACGAGGAUCCCUACGGCGAGCACAGGAAUCGAGGCCGAGAGGGGGCGGGCGCUCCCCCCGCGGCACUGCCCACGCUGCAGCCGUGCCCCCCUGCCCUGCGUCGUCCCGCAUUGCCCGCGCCGUGGGCAUCCGCUCACCCUCCCGGUGCGGGGCUGCCACCGAGGCAGAGGCAAGGGGGGGCUGCCGGUGACACCGCCGCUGACAGCGAUGUCGCGCUGACAUCCCGCGGGGAGCAGAUGCUUUGAUCGCCUGCCCGAGCGCGUCCUCAAAGGCAGUGUAGGCAGGAUGCGGCCGUGAGCAGCGCCUUCCCGCCUGCACCCCGGGGCGGUCGGAGCAGGGGCGCAGCACCCUCACGUCCCCCCCGUCCCCAAGAUGCGCUCCCACGCUGCCGGCUGCCCACCGUGCUCCUGCUCCAGAACAAGACUGAAAGCGCUGCAUGCUGCCGGCAUGUUGUAGCCUCAUGCAGGCGUCCUUCGGAGACCCCAGAGCGGUGGACAGUAAUGUGAAAACGAUCCUCAUGUCGUGUCUGAAAGGGCAACAGGUCAUCAUUAAAAUGGAGGCGAUGAAGAUCAUCCACCCGGAAAAGUUCUCGGAGCUGCAGGCAGCACCUCCACGCUACGCGCCCGCGCCGCGCCGGGAGCCGCCCCUGGUGGCCAAGAGAGCGUGGCCCUCCGAGUCCGAGAUCAUCGUCAACCAGGCGUGCGGGGACAUCCCGGCGUUGGAUGCCACCCCCGCGCCGCUGCCGCUGCCCCGGACUCCCCCUCUGCCGCGGCGCGAGCGCGGGUACCAGGGCCAGCGGAAGGGCAGCUCGGAGGUGUGCUUCCACCGGCAGCCACCGUCGGACGAGGUGAUCGUCAACCAGUACGUGCUGCACCCCUCGACGCCCUGCGAGCCCCUCGAGUGCCCCACCUGCGGCCACAUGUACAACUUCACCAACAAGCGGCCGCGCAUCCUCUCCUGCCUGCAUUCGGUGUGCGAGGAGUGCCUGCAGAUCCUCUACGAGUCGUGCCCCAAGUACAAGUUCAUCUCCUGCCCCACCUGCAAGCGGGAGACCGUGCUCUUCACCGACUACGGGCUGGCGGCGCUGGCCGUCAACACCAGUAUCCUGAACAGACUGCCAGCCGAGGCCCUGGCCGCCAACCCCGUGCAGUGGAGCAGCGACACCGACCGCAGCUGCUACCAGACCUUCCGCCAGUACUGCGGGGCCGCCUGCACCUGCCACAUCCGAAAUCCGCUGUCUUCCUGCACCAUCAUGUGAGCCCCGCGCCCCGGCCCCGGGAGGGAGAGGACGGCACCGUGUGUGCCAGCAGCACCCGGCGUGGGAUGCUCCGUGCACGUGGGGAUGCGCCAACCCUCAGCACAGCCACGGACAUGGGCUGGCAAUGGGGACGCUGCGCCUUGGGACGCGGCGCAGAGCUGGCGGCAGCCCCCUGUGCACCCGUGGUAUUGGGGAGAGGGACGUGGAGACACGGCGCGUCCCUGUGCAUCCCCAGCACUGAGCACCCGCCUCGGGCUCCUUCUCUCCGGAGCGGACGCUGUCCUGAUGGUGGCACUGAUCUCAUUGCCACCACGGUCGUGGAGUCCCCGGGGAUGCGGUGCCCAGCGGUGGGCACCAGGACAGCCCCACCACCCCCCUCUCUGUAAUUUAUUUGCCAAAGCUUUCAUCUCAGCGGCCACGCACCGUGCGCCCGCGUCGCAGCCACACCGAGCAGACACGCGGCCGUGCCCUCCGCCGGCCCUUGAGGAAAGCUCCUGUUCAUCCUCAUUUUGGAGGAUUUUUCCCCAUCCGUCCCAGGCCGCUACGCGUUCACAAAGGCAUUGAGCUGCACCCGUUCUCUGUGGCCCACCCACCCGGGGCUGCCAGGGACCCUGCACCUGGCACCUCCUGUGCACGGUCUUGCUUUCCCCGGAGCAUCUGGAUGGGGAAGUUUGCUGCCAAAAGAGCAAAAAAAAAAAAAAAAAAAAAAAAAACCUAAAAAAAAAAGAAGAAAAAGAAAAAGCCAUAAUUUGCAGGUGCUCCCUCAGGGCCGAGCACUGCAGCACCGGGGCAGGAGGCUGAGCUCCAGCACAGCCCCCAGGACACCGGGGCUGGGGCAGCCGGGGGCCCCAUUGAGCUGCCCCCUCCCACCCUACCUGUCUGGAGCCGGGAGCAGCCCCCAGAGCACAGCACCCACUGGGGAUGGGGCCUGUGGAGCGGUGGGGCAGGCGAUGCCCUGGCACUGCCCCGCUGCCCAGAGCUGAGGGCACGGGGAACGGGGGCCGAUCCUGAUUCAGUUCUGCUCUGCCAACGCCUCCCGCCGCUGGUUGUGAUGAUGACCAUGUUUUAUACCCGGCCUUGUUCAACCCCGACCAGUCUCCCCAAUAAAGAUUAUAUUGGAACGAA